AUGAGUAUUUCUACCAAUGACAUAGCAGCUCGCUCUAGUACGACGCCAUAUUCCGUAAUUGAUGGUACGAAAGAAGCUAUUCGAACUCUACGAGAAUCGACCGGCAGUGAACUUCCAUUGGAGAUACUGAAACAUUUAGAAGAUGUUACUUUUACAACUGCAACCGAUGGCACUCAAAUAUACUUCCCUUGUCCUUUUAAAGAAACUGAAGCCACAGUUGCAUUAAAAUCGAUUGAAGCAAGUGUUGUUGCUGCCAUUGCGGACCUUCGAUAUGGGGAACAGAAAAGAAAGAUCGAAAUCAACCUUGAGCAGACGGCUACUUUCCUAUUCUCUACCUACAUUGCUACAAUUGCUGGCAUGAAUAAACAACAUCCUGAUGUCAAAUCAAAGCUUAAAGACACAGAUUUGCUCAAAGCACAAGCUAUCUUGUAUCGCAGACUUUCGGCCAACCUUUAUGAGACCAAGAAUCCUGGAGAAUACUUUCACAUCCAUGGAUCCUUGGAAGCCGGAAAGACAUUGAAUAUGAUUGGACUAGAAGCAUAUCGACCGGAUCUUAUAGAAUAUCGGGAAUGUAUUGAUACAAUUGAACAACACGUCAAGCAAUACACGGCUGCAGAAUUGGAGAUUAUGAAUGCUGAGAUAAAUCAAGCUGGUGUAACGGCAUUAAAAUGGGAAGAUUUCCAAAAAACAAAACAUGGUCAAACACUUCUCAACCUACCUCCAUGGCAACUUGAUAGACUUCAAGACGAAUCCCCACCAAGCACAUUUCCCGAUGUGGCUCCCGCAACGCCGACUUCAAAACCUCAAGUAUUAUCUGGUAUUCGAGUCUUGGAACUGUGUCGAAUCAUUGCUGGACCCGCCAUGGGCCGAACCCUCGCCGAAUAUGGUGCUCAAGUUAUUAAAAUUACAUCUCCUAAUCUUUCUGAUGUUCCAUUUUUUCAAGUUGAUGGCAACACCGGUAAACAUACUGCAGAUAUCGAUCUUAAAACCCCCAGUGGUCGCGCUAGCUUUGAAGAGUUACUAAAAUCUGCCGAUGUCAUUCUUGAUGGGUAUCGACCAGGGGCUCUGGAGCGAUUAGGAUACGGCCCCGAACAAAUUGUGAAGUUGGUUGCAGGAAGAGGCAAAGGAAUCGUUUAUGUCUCCGAAGACUGUUUCGGUUACCAAGGUGAAUGGGCCGGUAGACCCGGUUGGCAACAGAUCGCCGAUUGCGUUACUGGUGUAGCUUGGGCUCAAGGACAAUUUAUGGGUCUUGACGAACCAGUCGUCCCUCCAUUCCCCAUGUCCGAUUAUGGAACUGGGUGUAUGGGCGCUAUCGCUGCUCUAACUGGUUUAUACAGAAGAGCCAAGGAGGGAGGGAGUUGGAGGGGCACGACGAGUUUGUGUCAAUAUGAUGUGUUUUUGUUGGGAUUGGGAUUAUAUGGGGAAGACGUGAAAGCCAAGGUUAGGAAAGAUCACGAUGAUCAUUUCUUCGAUCUAAAGCAUGCAGAUAGUGUGGAUGAAGUAGGUGGAAGAGCGCUGAAAAGUAUGCGCAGAGCUCAUCCUGAGUUAUUCGCAGAGAAAAAUAUGCAAAAGUCAUAUAGUAAAGGAUUCAAAGAGGAGAUACGAUGGUGUAGAAGUCCCGUCACCAUCGAAGGAUUAAGAGUUGGAUUCGAGCGAUCCAGUCGUCCAAAUGGAUAUGAUGCGCCCACAUGGGAUAAUUGGGAAAUCGAAACGGAAGUUGUGGAAGGAUGA